GGGCUCGAGAGCGGCCGGGCAGCCCCCUGUCUCGUCACCACCGACCGGCCCCGGCCCCGGCCCAGCCCCGGCCCUUUACCACCGACCGACCGGCCCGGCCCGGCCCGGCCCCGGCCCUUCACCACCGACCGGCCUGGCCCUGGUCCUAGCCCCGGCCCUUCAUCACCGACCGGCCCGGCCCCGGCCCCGGCCCUUCACCACCGACCGACCGGCCCGGCCCCGGCCCCGGCCCUUCACCACCGGCCAGACCCUCCGGGGAAGGAGGAACAAGAUGCCUAACCCCGGAGAGAAGGCACCCCCCAGUGACUGCAGUGACCCAGAGAGCGUGCCCUGUAGGCCCAGGCAGGCCCAGGAGAGCCAUGAUGGGGAUGUGCCCAGCCUCUGCCCACCACAGCUGCCAAGGUCCAGCCCUCCACGAGUUCUUUCCAUGGCAGAACUACUAGAAACAGCACAAGAAGUUUCCAGAAUGACCAUUGCACAUGAGAUUGUGGUGAACAGUGACUUCAAGUUGCAAGAGGUCAACUUCUCACCAAACAGCCUGGAAAGCCUAGUGAAGGAGACAUUGCACAAAGCUUUCUGGGACAGUUUGAAAGAACAGCUCUCUGCUAGUCCACCAGACUACACGUAUGUGAUCCAAUUGCUACAGGAAAUUAAAGAGACCAUACUAUCGCUGUUGCUGCCACGGCACAGCCGACUGCGGAACCAGAUCGAAGAAGCCCUGGAUAUGGAGCUGAUCAGACAGGAGGCUGAGCAUGGGGCUCUGGACAUCCCCAAUCUCACCACAUACAUCCUAGGUACAAUGGCGAUGCUGUGUGCUCCUGUCCGAGACGAGGAAGUGCAGAGACUACGGGGCGUGAGAGACCCAGUUCAGCUGCUCAGGGAGAUUUUCUGGGUGCUAGACCUGAUGAAAAUGGACAUGGUGAAUUUUACCAUCCAGAGCCUCCGGCCCCACCUGCGGGAUCACUCUAUCCAAUAUGAGCAGAAGAAAUUCCAGGAGCUCCUUGCCAAGCUGCCCAACAGCCUGGAUCACACAACUGAGUGGUUACACAAAGCAGCAGCAGAAGUCUCUGUAUCUUCUUUGUCAUCCCCAUCCUAUCCUGAGGUCCAUGGAUCACGUGUUCCACUCUCACUGGGGGCUGUCAGCAGGAGCUCAGCUACACCAAGUCCCAUGUCUGUGUUAAACCAAGGAUACAUGAAUCUACUCCACUGGGAGCCAGGCAUAGAGAAAUACCCUGAGACUCUGUUGAUGGACCAAGCUCGGCUGCAGGAGGUACAGUUGCAAGUGAAUCAGCUAACAAUCAUAGCGGCAGUCCUGCUAGUGUCCAGCAGUGUGUGUGGAAGUGCCUUGUUCAGCUCGCCUGGGUUUGUAGAUAAGCUGAAAAGGGUAACAAAGGCCCUCUUGGAAGGGCUCCCUCACACAAGGUUUCAAGAAGCUUUGCUGAACAUCAGCAAUCAUGUGCACCAGGAAGUUAGUGAGUGUCUCUUGCAACUGGGUUACCCUGCUUUCACAGAUGACAAAUCUGCUUCCCUCAAAGGCCAGAUAAGGAGCAUUGCAGAGGAUGACAACGUGGUACGGAACAUCAUGGAGCAGCGGAUCCAUUCAUUUCUCAGCCUUCAUCUGUCUCCUAGUGCCCAGAACUCUUGCAGUCUCCCAAAAGGCCUUGCUCCAAUUCAGGAAGAACUGCUGGAAGUUGGCCACAAGUUUGGCAGCAUGAUUCAUCACAACAGGCAGGUAUAUGGAUCCUACUACCUGGCCAUUCUAAAAAAAAUUCUCCCAGAAGCAGGAAUAGAUUCUUUCUAACCCUCACAGAAACACCACAUGCACUGGGAGUAGAGGACUCAGUUUUCAGAAUCAUGCUUUGGCUUGUGAAGGCUGUUGCAGCCAACUAAACAGCUGUCCUGUACUGUGCAGCAGCAUCCAAAGCACUUCUGCAGCUGGGCCACCAUAGCUGCUGGGGACAAUUACAUAAAUACCAACUGCCAGUUCCCCAUUUGUCUGAAUAAACCUUUAAACUAAAAAAAAAAAAAAUUCAUACUUGACAUGUGGUCUCAUUUCUUGGAGAGCUAGUGAAACAGUGAAUAAAUAUGGCAAGAUGUAUCCUGUAAAUGUGAACCCUGAUUUUUUUCCUGCAUUGGCUUUUAGCCUGUGUGUUCCAGACACCUAUUAGUUUCAGCCAGGGAUAGGGGAUUUGAUUAAGAUGCUGUGUAUUAAAAAUGACAGAGCUUAAUUUCUAAUGCAACUGAUACUCUUCAAUGUUAACGUUAAAAUCUGAUUUACUUCAUAUAGGCCAUCUAUACUAGCUCAGUUUUUAAUCCCCUAAGGCAGUGGUUCCCAAACUUGUUUACCUGCCUCAGCUGAUUACAGCUCCCAUUGGCCAGGAGCAGCAAACUAAACUUGCAGAUGGAUAAAAUAUUUCCCUUGUUUAACAACAGCCAUUUUGGUUCCAGGCACCAGCCACUGCUUAUUCCUUGACCAAAUUCAAAUUUUAAAAAUGAAAAUUAAAGACUUCCACACUAUCUACAUCACAGUAAACAAAGCAAAGGUGUGUCUGAGUUUAUUUAUUAAUUCAGUCUGUUCUAAGUUGUACAGUUAUGAAAAACAACAAAACGACUGCUGGAAGCCCAGAAAUAUUUACAAUCUUGCCUUGUAGUGAGGUCAGUCUAUGUUGUUGCACAGAUUGGUUAUGUUUGGUACCACAAGAUGUUUAAAAUUCAAACAGAUUAACAAUUGUAUAUACAGGAAAAUAAAAGAAAAUUCAAGUAUCAAAAUACAGAGAGAUUAAAUAACAUUUUUAUUACAAAUCAGUCCCACUGCCAUACAUCACAAUUAGCAAAAAGGUCUACAUUGCAAACUGAAGUUGACUGUUCUCUGCCCUGUUGGGGAAAUCUCAGGUUAUUUUUCAAAAGACAAAAAAAUUUGAGUUAGCACUCAUUUCAAGCAUCAAAAUGGCUUCUGGUUGUACAGGUACCUCUAAAUAUGCCAAUGUAGGAUCAAAAAGGAAGCCUGGAGUUGCAAACAGAGCACUUGUUAUAAAAUGAAAUCCUACUGCACUCAACUGAUGUAAGCAUAAGGGAAACCACAGAAAUGCCUGCUGAGAGAUAGCUGAACUCUGGAAUGAGGGAGUGUUAAUGUAGCUGAGCCCAGGUCAGUUUCACAGCUCAAGAAAUAGAGUUGCUCAGGGAUACCAUUUGGUGUCUGCUCUGUCCAUUGCAGCAGCCUCACAAAGAGCAGCAGUCCAGCUCAGCUUCCCCUUGAAACACACCCAAAUACCAUUUUUCUGCCAGGGGAAUGGGGGGGGGCUCAGAAAUCCAAAUAACUUCCUUCUAAAGGCAAAACUGAACAGCCAAGAUUACCAUUUUUUUUAAUAGGUAUAGAAUAGGAUACAGCCACUUUAAGCUGAAUACAUCAAACGACUGCACCCUCAUUUUAAGAAGACAAUUCAGCUAUUAAUUUUGACAUCUGUCUAGAGUUCUCAGCCUGGACCCUUAUCAAAUACAAACAGAGAUUGCUCUAGAAUACUGUCUAUCCUUUGAAAAAGGGAAGGAAGUGGAUCACAGGUGGGUAACAGAACUUGCUCAGAACUUUAAAAAUUAAUCACAUUCAGCACCUGAAAUUUAGGACACUUUCCUCCAGAUACUGUGAAUGCCUGUAGGAACACAAGAGCCUGAACAGUGCACAAAUGGCAAAGUACUAAGAGAUUGGGAGCCACUUGAACUCCUGAAAAGAUAGGCUGGGGUCCAGGAGGAGAGCCCUACUAGGCAAGUACCUUGAAAACAUACACUACCAAAGCUCAGCUCCCCUGCAAUACAUAUUCUGUGUCUAGGAGAAAACAAACACCUAGCAAGAAAACAGCGAAGGGGGUUGUUGAAUCACUGGAGACAACAGCAAGACUGGAGUCUUCAUCACUAUUACUGCCAGCCAACCUCAAAAGCUCCUGCAUCCAACAGAGAGCUAUCCCUCCUCCAAGGCAAGGGUUCAAUCUCUGCAAACAGACUUGUUGCUAACACACCAAAUAUUUACACUUAUAUCAGUAUGAACUGCAACAUAGGCAUAAGAAGGAAUGUUAAGUUUCCUAAAAUGCACUCAUUUUAAAAAAAGAGCUUGUUUUCCCACUCACCAAUCAUUGAUAGGUCUAGGCCCUGGGGAUUGUUUGUUUCUCUCAGCACUCACCAUCAACUGGAAUGAGACUAAAUUAAAUCCUGACAGAUACAGCAGUAACUGGAGUUAAAAACAAAUAGCUAAGACACAAAGUUCUACUAAGCAGCAGGGCACCACCAAACCAUCACACCUGCCUGAGACCAAAGCAAUGGCAUGGCAUGCCCUGUUUUUACAUCUCAAGAACCAAGUCAUGCCAUUUUACCAUCUCUCCUUCCAACAAGGUCCUGAUGGUCAGGGCACUGGAAAACAGUUCACACAACUGUCACAGCCAAAGCCACCAUUAAAUACUCAGGUAGUUUAAAUGAAGCGUAAUUACAAAGCACCUUCAAGAUUGUGUUCUGUUUAAGAAUGUGAGACUGCUUGGGACCAACCAUCCUUAGAUUGAUUAAAAUUUAUGAUCAGGUAUGGUCUGUUUCAGUGUAAUGCCCAGAAUAUAACUCCUUGUUGGUUCAUAUUCUGAAAUACUGUUACACUAAUGGUAAUUCAAUAAUGAGCUAGUAUCAAAGUGUUAAAUCACAAUCAGACUUUAAAAACCCAACCCAGUAGCACAUAACUGCAUUUAAAAAACAUGGCAGAUGCAAGAGGGUAUAGAAAGGAGCAAACUCUCCAGUUAUUCAGUGUGAUAAACUAAUGGAAAGGAAAGUAAUUGUGUCCUCCUUACCAUAAAAACAUCAAGUAUUGCAAUGCAACAGUUCUCUAGAAAGCAGGUUUCGUACCAUGGGUGAUACCCAGUGAUAAUCACUAGGAUUGUAACCCCUUUACAGACAGUUUUCCUUAAAUUAUAUCCAUCUCCCAUUUAGGCUUGGAGUGGCUUUAAAGAAAAAAAGUGCAUGAAAACCCAUGCAGCUGAGUUUCAGAAUUUGGAACAAACAACUAUGACCAAAAUCUUGGAAUUGUUUUCUACUACCCACCAAGAUCCGAGGUGAAUUAAAGUACCAUUAGACAUACACAUACUAGCGCCAUUGCUAAGACUUUUUACCGUACUCUUUGUAGGACAGGACAGUACUGUGGAAUCUUAAUUUACUAAGGGUUGUUCCACCCCAAAAAAUUGCAACAUGCUACAUUUAAGUUGUGGAUUUGUUUUGCUUCGUAUCAUUGCAUGUAAAA